AUGGCUGACGAUGAUUGGUGGGCUGAAAAGAGUAAGGAGGAUCAAGAUAUUUUGAAAUGGAAACAUGGAGGACCUAAGUUUAUUGACUUGCUAGAUAAAUGUUUCAAGGACGGUCGUGAGAAUAACACAAUUACCGAGGAUGAAGGAGAUGCAAAUAAUUUUGAUGUUGGAAAUGAAGUACAACCCAACCCAACACCAAGUUCUUCCAAAAAGAGAAAGAUUUUAGGGAAAGGAGAGAAAAUCGGGGCAAUAGAGAAACUUCAACGAUCUCUUGAUUGUAUAUUCGAUGGGAUGGGUGACAAUUCAAAUAAGAGUUUGGGUGAGAGUUCAGAUGAUAGUUCAUAUGAGAGUGACAAUACUUCUGAAAUAGAUAUUGAAGUCCCACAGGUUAAUAGAAGUCAAUAUCAUAUUGCAAUGGUGAUGGCUUCUUUUAUGAUUACAAACCAUGUUUUGAAAUACAUUGUCAAAGAAAAGAAAACUACGUCAAUUCUCUCCGGCCAACUAUGGUUUAUAGAGUUGAUAACAGGAAAUGAUAACAGAGAUGAUAAUCGAUAUUGGCCUUACUUCAAAGACUGUAUAGGGGAAAUAGAUGGCACACAUAUUAAAAUACAUGUCCCAACAGAGAAACAAAAACCGUUUUUCAAUAGGAAAGGACAUACAAGAUCUGUUCAUGAUGCAAAUAUUCUUAUGAAUACUCUUCGUAAACCCAAUUUACGAUUUCCUUAUCCCAUAGAAGGUAAAUACUAUCUUGUAGAUUCAGGAUACCCGUCACUUAAAGGUUUCUUGGCACCAUACAAGAAUGCAAGGUAUCAUCUUACACAUUUUAGACUUGCUCCAGGAUUGAGAUCAAGAAAUGAAUAUUUUAAUUAUUAUCAUUCUAGUUUGAGAAGUGUGAUUGAAAGAACUUUUGGUGUGGUAAAAGCAAGAUGGAAAGUAUUACAAGAAAUGCCUAAUUUCAAGCUUCAAACUCAAAUGGCUAUUAUUUGGGCUUGUUUUGCACUUCAUAACUUUUUAAGAAGAACAGACUCAAGUGACUUGGAUAUUCUUGAAAGUUUAGAGAACAUCAAUGGUUUACAAGACAAUGAGCAAGAUUUACAUGAAGGAGAGGGAAAUGGUGUACCUACUCAUGGUGAAUGGCAAGCUCCAACUCAAGCUGAUGCUAUAUAUAUUGAAGAAAUAAGAAACACUAUCAGAGACCAAUUGCCAAGAAACAUGGGACGAUAA